UAUCCACAGAAGUGGAUAGAUACUGAAAAAACUGGGGGUUUCACGCAGACCCUCUCCGGUCCCCGGUCCAGUGACCCAGACUGACUUUAGAAUUUGGCGAUUGCAUGCAUCUUAUCUCAUCUUCUGGUCUUUAGACAGUAUGCUGUUCCAAGUUAUUUAUUAACCACAGUACAGUAAAAAAUGUUUUAUUGGGGUCUGAAAUUAUGUGAGCAGGCCAUGGCCAUAGCCGGCCAAAGCGGAGCAGAUUGAACAGAACCGACACUACAACACGUCCGGUUGAGGUCUGGAGCAUAAUGAGAAUACCAAAGCGCUGUGGAUCCCGUAGGCGUCUUCUAGUGCCCCUGGUGGUGCUGAUUCUGAUCUCUCUGGCUUUCGUCACCCUCCCUCUGUUCGACUCUAACUCCCAGAAGCCUCUGAUGUGGCAUGUUGACCCUGCUCAAAGGAAGCUGGUUCAGUCCUACGUGCAGAGAGUUCUGAAAGAAGAAUGCCGGCCCAAAUUCACAAGGAAGGCCUUGGAGGCGCGGCUUCAGGGUGGCAGUCAUCUGACCCAGCCCUUCCUGUGGAAGGACACGCCCCUAACCCCGGACACAUUUAGGUACCCGCCCCCUUUUGGCUUCCAUGGCAUGGAGGACAAACUGCAGGAGGUUCUCAGGCUCCUCUCCCAGCCCCCCUCUGACCACGCCGAUGACCCCACUCAGCAGCAAGACAGGAAGCAGUGCCACCGCUGUGUGGUCAUGGGAAAUGGAGGCAUCCUCAGAGGCAUGAAGCUGGGUGAACUUAUUGACCGCUUUGACAUGGUCAUCAGGCUGAACAGUGGUCCUCUGGGGGUUCACACGGUUGACGUGGGGAACCGGACCUCCUUUAGGAUAAGCUACCCUGAGGGCAGCCCGCAGGUCUGGCAGGACUUUGACCCGAGUGUUGUGUUUGUGGCUGUGGUCUACAAGGCUGUGGACCUGGCCUGGCUCAGGGCCAUGAUCACCAGACAGGCUGUGUCUUUGUGGAACUGGCUGUUCUUCUGGCAGAAUGUUCCAGACCAGAUCCCGGUGGAGGUGAAUGGGUUCCGGGUUUUGAACCUGAAGUUGAUCAGGGAGGUGGCUCUGGACCUGCUGCACUACCCUGAGCCGAAGCCUCGGCUCUGGGGCUGGGACCAGAAUGUUCCUACUCUGGGAGUGACUGCCCUGCGCCUGGCCAGCCUGCUGUGCGACGAGGUGAGUCUGGCUGGCUUUGGGUACAACCUCAGCCAGCAGGAGGCGCCGCUGCACUACUACGACAACCUGUCCAUGGCAGCCAUGCUGCAGCAGGACAUGCACAACCUGGACUGUGAGAGGAGCCUGCUGCAAAGCCUUGUCAGGGAUGGCUCCAUCUCAGACCUGACCGGGGGGCUACACUGCUCCUUCUGCCCCAGCUGAGGCCUCUCUGCCGGGCGCUCACCACCACCCGCACCCCUACCAUCCAUCCCCCCCAGCCUCAUGCUGUAUCCUGCCGCCCAGUCCAACUCCACUGUACUGUAAAACCUAGUUCCCUAUGGUUAAUACUAUAAUAAUAAUAUCAUCAAUCCAGGUCUUGAUUACCAAAAUCUUGGUAAAAGUGUUUUUUUUUUAUUAGUAGGUGUCAACUCCCAACUCCAUUUGUCCCUAGUAGUAAAAAAAAGAAAGAAAGGAAAACGUUUGAAGACUUCUGUGAUGUAUGAGUGCCUAUGAUAAUUGGCCGUGUUCAUGGAUCACUGUGAGGAUUUGAGGCAACCCCAAAAUGAAUAGUCAUAAAAAAUCCCCCACUGCCAACCUUUAAGGGUACAACAGGUAAGAUUUAUUCAGUAAAACGUUUUUUUACUGAAUACUUAAAUGGAAACUAGUGAGGCUCUAUGAGAGUUGUUGACAGCUCAAUGCCAGUGGAAUCAGCUGCAGCGAGAUGGAUCAAACUUGAGCUGGAGGAAAGCAUGGAAACUAAGAAUAGAAUUGGGGGUGCUGUUUUCUUAUUGGAAUUAGUUUUAUAAUGUUACCUAUUGCAGCAUUAACCAGAAUAUUUGAGGGGCUGGAUGAGGACCAAAUUGGUGAGUUCAGUUUAAACAUUCAGAGGGCUGCAAUAUGUCAUGCGGAGCUUUGCCCUCCCAACAGUUCCUGAUGCGUUCCUGCGUACACAUUCUGAAACAUUUUUACUCCACACGCGAGCCAGGUCUAAUUUCCCAGUGCCUGGCCUCACUGAUGUCUUGUGGAUGAAUGGGAACAAAUCUCACAUCGAGUUUCCAACAUCGGACAGCCUUCCAAAGGCAGUUAUAGAAGCAAAGCCAUCAUUAUGGAAGGAGAGGUUCAACAGGUAGACAAGCGAGGCCGGAUUAACCAUUAGGGCAACUGGGCACUUGCCCAGGGGCACAUGACAUCUAAGGGGCCCUGGACAGCGUCAACUAAAAUGUUAUAUCACGUUAUGAACGCAGUCCUUACUUUCCUUAAUGUGAGCACUUUAUGGCAACUUGUUCGAUCAAAAUAUGUGUUUGUGUAGUCUAGUAGCUGCUUGCACAAAUGCCGCUUGCGGCUUGCCAGCUCUACGACGCGGGCGGACACUUCGAGUGAGAGUCACGUGACUUGAAGCGCUGAAGCUGGAGGAGAGCGUUCUAUGGGGCCUAUGCCUUGAGCCUUGUUGCCCAGCCUUGUUGCCCAGGGCACAGAAAAUUGUUAAUCCGGCCCUGUAGACAAGUGACACUACCAGGAACUACAUGAAUUUGAAUCCAUUUGAAGCCACCCCGCCCGCCCAUAGACAUACUAUGUAUACAAUACAGGCACAGCAGCUAAACUUGGUGCUUGAUUGGUUAGCAGAGAACGCCUUUCCCUCCGUUUCUGUAAUUCCUGGAUUCAAUCAUCCUUGUGAUGGGUUACUUAUUCAAGAUGCCUCUAGUCAUAGACUGUCUGAAUUAGUGCAAAUAAUCACGUCGUAAAUGUUUUUGGUGAAGGACGUUUAGUGGUUCUUUUACUUCUACGGCGAAAUGCCUGAAUGUUGGAUUUGAUUACAAAGUGUCAGUUGUAGUGUUUUUGUGCAGAAGUACAAAAUAAGUCAAAUACAUUAGCUGGGCCAGUCCAGACAGGAUGCCUUGCUCUUAGAGUUACAUUACAGUAAAUAAACCUCAAGUGGCACCAGUGACUUCAGACCCAGACACCCGCAGUUCCAACAUUCAGCCACCAGAUGGCGUAAGCAGCAUAUUAUCAAAGCAGAUGCCUGGAGCCUCUUUCUGUAGCUUGGUCUAAAGGUAAUAGAUUUUACACUGUAUAUCCAUGUGGACCUGGGUCAAUUACAUAGAUCUGUAAACAAAGUAUUUAAAAUCGAUGUAAAUAAUUUAUCCUCACAGUUGGCAUAUAUUGGACUAAUUGGAUUGGCUUAAUUGUAUUAAUAUGGGAGUCAGAUGGCUGAGCGGUUAGGGAAUCGGGCUGUUAAUCAGUAGGUCGCUGGUUCGAUUCCAGGCCGUGUCAAAUGACGUUGUGUCCUUGGGCAAGGCACUUCACCCUACUUGCCUUGGGGGAAUGUCCCUGUUCUUACUGUAAGUCGCUCUGGAUAAGAGCAUCUGCUAAAAAAAAAUACUAAAUGUAAAUUUCACCAGGAGAUAAAUCACUGAAGGACCUGCAAAUUGUGAUUGACCCAGGUCAAGAAGAGAGAUAGCUGUCUACCUGGACAUACCCUGAAGUUCUUUUCAUUCACAUUUGUUUGUCUUUCAGUCCAGGAGUGUAAGCAUAAAAAACUGCAUGUCAAAUUGUGUCCAGCCUACGGGGUAGGGAAACCCCACAUCAGGGUAGAAGACUAAGUUUAAACAUGGUUAUUGGUCUGUCACUGUUUUGUGAAUCUAUAUGUUGAGAAUUAUGUCCAUACUUCUGUUAAAAAAAGAACGGGGUAACCAUUCAGGGAUAACUACAAUAAAGAAAUGAACAGCAUACAUCCUAAA